AUGUCCCAAGGCUCUUCGCAGCAGGCUUGUUCGACGAACACCCCCAUCAAGCUGAUCAUUGAGGCCAUGGUGGCCGAUGGCUGGAGUCAAACCGAACGUCAACUAAGCCAAGGCUGGGACGAGAACAUCUGGGUCAUUACCUCCGCGACAUUCGUGAUCGCACUUAUCGCCACCUUACUGUGGCAAUGUAGGCCUGAUCGGAUCUUGUCCAGUGUGGGCUAUCCUUCCUCGAGGAAUGAUUGGGGUGCGUCCUCUUCGAACCUCUUGAAGGACAGCGGGACACAGCACAUAUCACCAAGCUACCUCGACGCUUCAAUACAACUAGACCUUUCCCGGUAUUUGUUCCCGACAUAUUCACACUCACAUCCAUCCAUCAUGGCUCCAGCUGCCAAAUCCAAAGAUCUUAGCCAAAACAGAGCGAUCAAGAUCGUCUCGGCAGCCGCGGCAGGAGGCUACGCCGUACCAGCGAUGUGCUGCUACAACGUCGAGGCCAUCAUUGCCUCCGUACGGGCCGCCGAAGCCAAGCAGUCGCCCGUCAUCAUUCAACUGUUUCCCUGGGCCGUCACGUACGCCGACGGUCUGCUCGUUCACGCCGCCGCCGAGGCAGCCGACAAGGCCUCAGUCCCUGUCGCAGUGCACAUGGAUCACGCACAGACGCCCGAGAUCGUGCGACGGGCCGCCGACCUAGGCGGCUUCGACGGCAUCAUGGUCGACAUGUCACACUACGAGAUGGAGGAGAACUUCGCCCUGACGCGCGAACUCGUGGAGUACUGCAACGAGCGGGGCAUCAUCACCGAAGCCGAACCCGGCCGCAUCGACGGAGGCGAGGACGGCGUCGACGUCUCGGAGCUCCAGGGCCUGCUCACGACGCCCGAACAGGCCGAGGACUUUGUGAGUCUGGGCAUCAACUGGCUUGCUCCGGCGUUUGGGAAUGUCCACGGCAAAUACGGGCCCCAGGGCCCGCAGCUCGAGUACGACCGGCUGGAGAGCAUCCAGAAACAGGUCGGGGACAGGGUGCAUCUCGUGCUCCACGGCGCCGGUCGCGAGUGGUUCAAGGAAGACCUGUUGAAGAAGGUCAUAAAGUGCGGUGUCGCAAAGUGUAAUCUCAACGACGCAAUGAACGACCACUUCGUCGACGUUCUAAAGGCAAAGGCCGGCACGGCGCCCUUGACCGCGUUGAUCGAGGAAGGCACCAACGCCAUGCAAAAGGCAAUUGAGCAGUAUAUGGAUUGGAUGGGCUCGACGGGCAAGGCAUAG